AUGGAGGACCAAGAGUCUAAGCUGCCGAUGGACCCGGAAAUCUGCUUCGAUCCGCUGUUCAUCGAUGAGGAAGACCAGUAUGGGGAUGAGGGUGUUGAAGAGGAGACCGGCGCUUCCUUCCAGCCUCUCCUGGGAGUUACCAGUACGAAAACACUCCUGACUGGCUCGGCUCACAGUCAGUCCUCCCUGUGGGAUACCUACAGGGACACACACCUGGAUGAGACAAAAACCCAGUUCAAGGACCCCAUGUUUAGGAGUGUAGGUGAAACUAGAGACUCCUUUGGGCCUCACCUAUUGGCGGCCGACACCAACACACACCUUAGUGGGUUAGGACAGAUCCAGCCACACCUUAGUGGGUUAGGACAGAUCCAGCCACACCUUAGUGGGUUAGGACAGAUCCAGCCACACCUUAGUGGGUUAGGACAGAUCCAGCCACACCUUAGUGGGUUAGGACAGAUCCAGCCACACCUUAGUGGGUUAGGACAGAUCCAGCCACACCUUAGUGGGUUAGGACAGAUCCAGCCACACCUUAGUGGGUUAGGACAGAUCCAACCACACCUUAGUGGGUUUAGGACAGAUCCAGCCACACCUUAGUGGGUUAGGACAGAUCCAGCCACACCUAAGUGGGUUAGGACAGAUCCAGCACCACCUUAGUGGGUUAGGACAGAUCAAGCCACACCUUAGUGGGUUAGGACAGAUCCAGCCACACCUUAGUGGGUUAGGACAGAUCCAGCCACACCUUAGUGGGUUAGGACAGAUCCAGCCACACCUUAGUGGGUUAGGACAGAUCAAGCCACACCUUAGUGGGUUAGGACAGAUCCAGCCACACCUUAGUGGGUUAGGACAGAUCCAGCCACACCUUAGUGGGUUAGGACAGAUCCAGCCACACCUGAGGGAGAUGGAUGACCUGUUGAAGAGUUGUGAGGACAUGACAGGCGUGUCCUUCGACUCUCAGCUGUCCACCAGGUACACAGACACACACCUGAGUGGACCAGCUCAGGACCAGAACCAGUCGGACAUACAGAAGAUGGAUGCCAUGAUGGGGAGCUGUGGUGGGAAUGAUAGUCCCGCAGGUGCCUCCAUCCUGACCUACACAGACACACACAUGGAGAACCAGUGCCAAAGUCACCUGAAUGAGGUGGAAUCCAUUUUGGAUCAGAGUGGAGCCACAGGAGCCGCUGUCGAGCCUCAGUUGCCUCCUCUUACCUCCGCAGGCACUCAGCUGAGUGGCACUAUGGCUGAGUAUCAGACAGAGCUAAUGGCGAUGCUGGCCAUGUUAGAGAACUGUAUGGAGGAGGCAGGGAUUACCUUUGACCCUUUAGAGUGGACUUACCCCAGUUUACCCAAAGGAUAUGGCCAACCCAACCCCAACAUGAAUAAGGUAACACAAGACAGACACACGGAGAGAGGAGUAGCAAUGCAACGACACAUGGAGUCUGUGGGGAAUACCAAGACUGGAGGACUGGAGUCUGGGGGAUGUGUGGAUCUGAAGCCACAUUUGGGCAGUACCUUCGGCCAAUUUGAGCCCCCAAGCUACCAAGCUAUCUCCACAGAAAGACACUCAGAUGAGUUAGGAGACUGUGGAGAGACACACACAAGAGGACACAUGUCCAGGGUGUGUGAAGAGGACACAGAAGGACACGUCUGCGGUGUGUCUCUGGGGGACACAGAGGCUCACAUUAUGUGGGGCCAACAACUAGAGACAGGGGUGGGACGGGUGGAGUUGGAAGUGUUGGGGACUGUGCUGGAGGGGUGCAUCGAGGAGGUGGGGAGGCUGGAGAAGAGACGGGAUGAACUGAUGGGAGAGCUAAAGGCACUAAGGGAGGAGAAGACGGGGACAGAGGAAGGGAGCGAAGGAGGGCAGGCGGCACAGUUAAGGCAGGUGCUGAAUAUUGAGGCAGAUGGGAGGAGGGAGGCACGGGUUAAGGAGUGGCAGUCUUUGAGGGCUGAGAGGAGUGAGGAGCAGAGGAGGCUGUCCAGUGUGCGUCUGGAGAGGCAGGGUCUUCAGGAGGAGAUGAGGAGGCUAAAGAGGAGGCUGUUCUCCGUCGCCAGGGAGAGUGCUCACAACCAGGUCAUCCUGGCAACCCAGCAGCGUGAGGUUGCCAAGCUAAACAAAGAACAGGUAGGGGCAGGAGUGUUCUUCUGA